GCUCGCCUUGCUCGCGUCGCGGUGUGUUUUCUGCUGGUGUAGCUUUCUGACAGGACGGUCGUCUCGAGGCGAGGCUCGGCACCGGCGGCCAGCCCGGCUGGCAGGCAGGCAGGCAGGCGGGCGAGCGGGCGGGCAGCCAGGCGGCGGGCGCGCCGAAGCCGCCAGCCGCCGGCCGCAGAACAGCGAACAGUGCACUCGAAGCGAGCGAACGGGUUGAGCGACUCGGGCGCGUCGCGACCAAAGACUGCUCUCCUGCGCGCCUAGGCCGUGAUUGAGGUUAGGUGUCCACCGCGUCGUCCGGGACGUCGUCGUCGUCAAGUCGUCGUCGCCGCCGCCGCCGGCAUCGCGUCGUCGAGCUCGCGUGCGCGCCCGCGUCGCGGCGAGAGCGAGUGAGUGAGAGAGAGGCAGACAGCACGGCGCCGGGCCGUGAGCGUGACGGAGCGUGACGACUGAGCGUGACGGAGCGUGAUCGUGACGUCACGGCCGUCAUGAGGGUCUGCAGCAUCCGCCGCACGGCAGCGGCGCCAGCGGCGGCCCCGCGUGGGAGGACCAGCACCGGGACCCACAACUUGUAGUGCGAGAGAGACAGAGAGAGAGAGAGAGAGCGCGCGCCGGCUUGGCUGCUCCGGCCAACACCAAACAAGGCCUGAUCCGCUUCGCGCCUGCCGGCGGUAUACCCUAGUGGUGGUGGGCUGUCGGUGCCCGGGUGGUGCCCUCGGCCCUGACGGUGUCCGGAGUGCGCCCCUUUGUUGGUGUCCCCCUGUUUGUGCGCCGGCUCCAGGCGCUGCAGGCCCGGCCCGGCCCGACCCCAGCCGCUGACGGACGCACUGACCCGUCGGCCCUCCUCAGCAAGUCUCGUGUGUUGUUGCCGGCGGCGCGGUCCUCAGCGGCCCCUGCGCCCGCCCCUGGCCCGGGGGGUGGAGGGGGGCAGGUCCCGCGGAGCUCUCUGCGCGACGAGGCGCGCGGCCCCGCGGCGCGCAACAGCCGCGACCACCACAACAAGUGCGGCGGCCUGGUGGUCUCACCGGCCCGGCGUCUGCUCGACAACAAACAAGCCGGUGACUCAGGCAGGAUGCGGCCCGUGAUCCUGAUCGUCGUGCUGCAGCUGGUGGCCGCCUCGCCCGUCCAACAAGAGGCGGAGGUCGGCCAGGUGCGCGGGCCCGGCUGCGUUCACCAGGGCCGCUUCUACGCCCCGGACGCCCGCUGGACGGAGGACAACGGCUGCCUGUCGUGCAGCUGCCAGGGCGGCCAGGCGCGCUGCCAGGCCUUCAUGUGCCAGGUGACCUGCGACAACCCGCGCCGCGUGCCCGGCGAGUGCUGCCCGGCCUGCGACGGGCAGUCGGUGGUGACCCAGGCCCAGACGUGCCCGUCGCUGGGGAACUGCACGCUCCGGUGCACGCACGGCUUCGUGCUGGACGAGGCGGGCUGCUACGCGUGCCAGUGCCACAAGGGAGCCGCCUGCACCCUGGAGUGCCCCGCCGGCUACGCCCAGGACGCCGCCGGCAACGAGCUGUGCGAGUGCCGCUGCCCCGCGGCCGAGACCUGCAGCAAGCGGUGCACGCACGGCUACCGCAAGGACCCCGCGGGCUGCAGCCUCUGCGCCUGCUUGCGUGACGCCGUCAGAGUGUAG